GAGAAAGAGAAAAACACAGCAGAGCGUUCCCUUUGUUCAGUAGUGAUUAGUGGAAGUUAAGGACGUCUCUCUAAAUCAAUGUGUCACUCAAAGUGAACAUUUAACAGCGAGCAGCCGCAGGAUCAUUUGGACAGAGACUCCAGCAGGACAUGCAGACACCAGUCAACUUAAAGAGCAAUUUACACUAGGACACAAAAUGAGACAGUCACCCAUCAUCCUAUGACAGGACACACGCCGGGGGACGGACAACAAGAGAGAGGGACAGAAUAAGCCCAGAAAGGACAGUGGUGGAACUGUGAUGACUUUCACUUCAGGGACGACAGCAUCCAACCUGCCUGGAGAGAGAUUAAAAGGAUAAAGCAAACAGAAAGAGAGAAAGAAGCGGGAACAUCAGCGCACUAUCCCGCACAAAGACACACCUCAGAGAGCCAUGACUUUGAAGCGCUUUCUGCUGGCCCUGCUGACCAUCACCCUGUCCAGACCCGACUCUGCUUCUCUUGGGUUCGCCGAGGAAUUCGAAAGCCGAGACGAUGUUCUCGAAAGCGAGUUCAUGUACGCCAGUCGCCCCAAGCGCUCCGCCGACCCUCCCGGCGCCUCGGACCCCGACAAAUGCUCCUACACCUUCAUCGUGCCCCAGCGCAAGACCACCGGGGCCAUCUGCGUGAACUCCAAGGAACCGGAAGCCCUGCUGGAGAACCGCGUCAACAAGCAGGAGCUGGAGCUGCUGAACGGGGAGCUGCACAAGCAGCGGCGGCAGAUCGAGACGCUGCAGCAGCUGGUGGAGGUGGACGGCGGCGUGGUCAACGAGGUCAAGCUGCUCCGCAAGGAGUCGCGCAACAUGAACGCCCGGGUCACGCAGCUCUACAUGCAGCUGCUGCACGAGAUCAUCCGCAAGAGAGACAACGCGCUGGAGGUCUCUCAGCUGGAGAACCGCGUGCUGAAUCACACCUCGGAGAUGCAGCAGUUAACCGCGCGCUAUCGGGAUCUGGAGCACAAAUAUCAGCACCUCGCGUCGCUGGCCAGCAAUCAGAGCGCGCUUAUAGUGACGCUGGAAGAGCAGUGCAGGAGGGGAGGCUUUGUUGGCGUUGGUGGAGGUGCUGGAGGUGUCGGUAUUGGAGGAGGAGGUGGUGGUGCUGGUGGUGGUGGUGUACGACAAACGCGACCUUACCAGCCGCCUGCGAUCCUCCCGCAGCCGCCUCAGCCUCCGCAACAUCGCCAACCACCUCCGCCUCCGGUGCACCAUUCCCCCGCCAGGCCUUUCCACCCGCCGACCUACACCCGCCACAACAACCAGAUCACCAACGAAAUCCAGAGCGACCAAAACAUCAAAGCGAUGCCGCCGACUUUACCGACGGUGGCCCCUGAAACACACAGCUUCUCCACAGAUAAACCCUCAGGGCCGUUCAAAGACUGUUUGCAGGCUCUAGAGGAAGGCCACGCCAACAGCGGCAUGUAUCUGGUGAAGCCGGAAAACACCAACAAACUGAUGCAGGUGUGGUGUGACCAGAGACACGACCCCGGCGGCUGGACCGUCAUACAGCGCCGCAUGGACGGAUCGGUCAACUUCUUCCGGAACUGGGAGACGUAUAAGCAAGGAUUUGGGAACAUCGAUGGUGAAUACUGGCUUGGUUUGGAGAACAUCUACUCCCUGACCAAUCAGGGCAACUAUAAGCUGCUGGUGACGCUUGAGGACUGGUCAGGCAGGAAGACGUUUGCAGAAUACGCCAGUUUCCGUUUGGAGACGGAGGCCGAUUUCUACAGGCUGCGGGUGGGCCGUUACCAUGGAAACGCCGGAGAUUCUCUCACCUGGCACAACGGCAAACAGUUCACGACCCUGGACCGAGAUCACGAUGCAUACACAGGAAACUGUGCCCACUAUCAGAAGGGUGGCUGGUGGUACAACUCCUGUGCCCACUCCAACCUGAACGGCGUGUGGUACCGCGGAGGUCACUACCGCAGCCGCUACCAGGAUGGAGUUUACUGGGCCGAGUUCCGCGGAGGAUCGUAUUCCUUGAAGAAGGUCACUAUGAUGAUCCGACCCAACCCCAACACCUUCCAUUAGAACGUCUUAACUCAAAAAACGCUGUAAAAAGUGCAAUGUUAAUGUCUCUAAUUAUUGGUUCUUUACUUUGUUACGAAUUCAUAAUACGCAGUCAUACAUAUGCCAAUCCAGAAAUAAGAAAGUGCAAUGACUUCAUGAAGGAGACACAACUCACGUCUUCUUGGGAUUCUUCCCAGUGGUGUCCAGGCAUUGUGGACGCUGAAGACCGAGUGAAAAUACUAGAAAUACUUCGGUCAGACAAACCUGGCAACUCAGGCUCCGCGUGAUCUGGAAGCAUCCUUACAAAUGGUGCUUAAUACGGUCUGUAUGUUUAUGUGACCUGAUCUUAACAGGCAUCCGGUCGUCUUAUCCUCACUGUAAGAAGUCUAACCUUGAAGAACUGUUAUUUUGAGUUUGUUAUGUACUAAUGGAGGCAUUUGAACACAUAGAUUCUCAUUUGAUCCGUUUCUAACAUUGACUUUCAAUACAGGGCACGCUACAAUUGUGCCCAGGAUUUACGGACAUCUAAAAUUGUAUUUUUGAUGCAUAAAUUAAACGUUCGUCAUAAUUUAGCUUAGGCAUUGUCUAUGCAUCCAUUUACUAGAUGAGUUUAUCUAAGAGACGGGAAUUGGAGCAUUACAUUAUGCCUUGAUUUUUCAUGAAAACCAUUUCUGUGGACAUUCAGAGGUAAGUCUAGCCUAGUCAUUGUGUAUCUAUUUUCUCACUCAUUUGUAAUUUAAAAAAGGCAUGACUUGGUUCGGUGAACACAAAAGCAAACCACAAAAGCAAAACAUGUCUGUCUUGUAUAUUAAUGUUUUAGUGUAACGUUUUUCUCUGCAUUUAUGUGUCCAUCAAUGAUUUCACGCUGGUCCUUCAGACUGAGUGCUGUUUUGAAACCAUUUGUAUAUAGAAACUGUGAGCGAGUGUUUUUGUAAUGCAAAGUAUGGUUGUGUUGUGUACUUUUUCCAAUAAAUUAUGUACAGCUACUA